GCUGACUUUGUCGAUAGGAGCAGCUUCCGUCUGUGUCACAGCGCGCUCCUUCCAACUUGUGCGUCACUUCCUGCACCCUCUCAUCGGUAAUCGCCGGCUUAAGCGAGUCAGCUUCGGCUGUUGUCGGGUGACAGCGCGUAUCUAGGGGCACAGACUCGCUAGCUUUAAUUCUCAUUUUCCAGUUCGAGACCACGGUGAUCAUGGAUGAGUUUGAUAUGUUCGGCUCUGUAGGUAACGGGGUAUCGGCUGAAGAGGACCCAGCUGCCGCUUUCCUGGCACAGCAGGAGAGUGAAAUUGCCGGCAUUGAGAAUGACGAAGGUUUUAGUAUCCUAGACAGUGGGGAGCUGCCAGUGUCACUACAGACAGGAGAUGGGGCUACAGAUACUGUUAUGAAUGGGGACUUUUAUCAGGAGGCAAAUGGACCAACAGAUGGCUAUGCAGCCAUUUCACAUGCUGACCGCUUACGAGCUGAGCCAGAGAGCAUUCGUAAGUGGAGGGAAGAGCAGAGGAGCCGUCUAGAGAUGUUAGAUGCAAACUCAAAAAAGCAAGAGUCUGAAUGGAAGGAGAAAGCUAGCAAGGAACUGGAGGAGUGGUAUACCAGACAGGAUGAACUGUUACAGAAGGCUAAAGCAAACAAUCGAGUGGCAGAUGAAGCUUUCUACAAACAACCCUUCGCUGACAUGAUUGGUUAUGUCACAAACAUAAACCAUCCUUGCUACAGCCUAGAACAGGCUGCUGAAGAGGCUUUCGUGAGCGAUGUUGAAGAGACCAGCCCGGGGACAGAAUGGGAGCGUGUUGCUCGUCUAUGUGACUUUAACCCCAAGUCCAGUAAACAGGCGAAGGACGUUUCCCGCAUGCGCUCCGUUUUGAUCACCCUUAAGCAGACUCCAUUGGUUCACUGAAAAUAAAGCACAACAAAACCCUGACCAUUUCAGCAUUUUAAUAUUUACUCAGAGAGCCUCUGUUUGCAAAAUCUGGUUAUAUUUUACUUCUGUACGGGGACCAAAUCUUCCUAAUGCUACCCUCUUUUCCUCCCAUGUACCUAGUGAUGAAAUCUGUAAGGGGAUCCAUCACCCUUGUGGUCUUUGUGCUUCUUUGUAAACAGAAUUAGUAUUUCAUUUAGAUUUGUGAAGAAUCAAAAUAGUGAUAUUAAAGUUUUAUCAACUGUUA